AUGAAUAUUACCUUAAUACUUUUUUUAAUAGGAAUUUUAGGAUUCGUAUUAAAUAGAAAAAAUAUUAUAUUAAUGCUUAUUUCAAUUGAAAUAAUGCUAUUAGCUAUAACAUUCCUAAUAUUGGUAAGUUCACUUAAUAUGGAUGAUAUAAUCGGUCAAACUUAUGCUAUUUAUAUAAUAGUUGUUGCAGGUGCAGAAUCUGCUAUAGGUUUGGGUAUUUUAGUUGCUUUCUAUAGAUUAAGAGGAAGUAUAAGUAUAGAGUAUAAAUAA